AUGUUCCAGAUCCCAGAAUUUGAGCAGAGUGACCAGGAAGACUCCAGCCCUGCACACAGGGGCCUGGGCCCCAGCACCGAAGAGGAACGAGUGUCCGUUCCCAGCAAGCGCUACCGCACGGCCCCAGGCCCCCCGGGAGAUGCUGGUCACCCGCAGGGGCAGUCAGCAAGCCGUGGCCACCAUGGAGGUGCUGGGGAGACCCGAAGUCGCCACAGCUCAUAUCCCGCGGGAUCCGAAGAGGAUGAAGGGAUAGGGGAGGAGCUCAGCCCCUUUCGGGGCCGCUCGCUCUCAGCGCCCCCCAACCUCUGGGCUGCACAGAGAUAUGGCCGCGAGCUCCGCAGGAUGAGCGAUGAAUUCGAGGGCUCCUUCAAGGGCCUUCCUCGCCCGAAGAGCUUGGGCUCCGCCACGCAGAUGCAGCAGAGCCCCAGCUGGACCCGCGUCAUCCAGUCCUGGUGGGAUCGGAACUGGGGGAGAGGUGGCUCCGGCCCCUCCCAAUGA